UUGGAUAACUCCCACCAUCGGAAACACAUCAUCAUGAAAUUCGCCAUCAUUCUCGUGUCAACAUUCCUACUGGCCAAUGCCCAAAAACAGAUCGUGAUACCGCUGAAAAUCGACGCCAACAAGGAUGGAACGGUUACAUAUGGAGCUGGGCCGGCUUCGAUAGUGGCGUCGAAAGAUUUUAUCACUAGCUUGUUGCGGCUGGUGGAUCUGAUUCAGCUGACGAGCAAGAUGAUGCCACCGGGAACCAGUCAGAUGGUACCGAUUCCGCUCACGAUAAACGAUGACGGUUCCUACAAGAUCGAGAUAUCCGGCAUCCCGUUUACGAUCGAUCCGAACUUCCUCGGUGGCUUGGGGAAGAAAUUUUUCCAUGAGUUGUCACCGUUGCUGGGUGAAAAAAAAGUUGGUGGCAAGAAAAAGAAGACGAAAAAAGAGUUGACUUUCAUAGUACCUAGUUACGACAACGACGACGCCCGGCGCCAGGAUAGAGCGCCAUUCGUGCUGUUCCAUUCGUUGCAACCCGAAUUCCCCGGCCGUGGGGAUCUCCCUCCCAACCAGCCGCUGAAGAUUAGCGGAAGGAUAGCAAUUCCCGGGCCCACUUUCUGGAUCAUUGGUCUCAAGAUGACUGCCAACAUCCAUAUCGAUUCAAGCCAAUCACUAGCGUAA